AUGGGGGUUUUUCGUUCCUUAUUCGGCAUUGGCUUGGUGGCGGGCUUGGUAGCCUUUUGGCUGCCUAUUAUUGUUCAUUUUGUAAAGAUCGGUGGUGUAUUUGAAACUCCAACCCCAACGGCUCUAGGAGAAGGUCAAGGUCCUAUUCGCAUUGAGGAUACCAUCCACUGUGAAGACGUGCAUCAUUACCGCCCAGCCAACUUGCUGUUCACCGCGUGCGAAGAUACCAAAGAUACUCGUUUUGACUGGUUUCCGGGCCUAGGCCAUCUGAGACCCCAUCCACCAGCCCGUGGAUCCAUUCAUGUCAUUGAUCCGAAGACAUUCAAGUCCAAGAGGCUAGCUUUCACGAACUUCGAGGGUUCAUUUGUGACCCACGGAAUCGACGUGAUUGAAGACCCCACGCAAGAGGACGCGGUUUAUAUCUUUGCCGUCAACCACUUGCCUAAUCCCGAACAUUUCGAGUCUAAUGAGCCUUCAGAGAAGACUUUCAAGGCACGGUCUCAAAUUGAGCUGUUCCGCCAUGUUCUGCAGUCUGAUUCGGUGCAGCAUGUCCGUUCUAUUCUCCACCCGCUUGUUCGCACCCCCAAUGAUAUCUACGCCGACAGCCCAGAGUCGUUCUACGUGACCAAUGAUCACUUUUACCGGGAUGGCACCAUGCGACUCAUUGAGGAUGUCUAUCCGCGCGCCAAGUGGUCGUCCAUCAUUCAUGUCCAGCUGACCAAUCUGCAAACGAGCGAUGCGACAGCCGGCAUUGAGGCCUCAGUUGCCCACUCUGGUCUCUGGAACAACAAUGGUCUUGGGCAUGGUCGCACUGAGAACGAAAUGGUCAUCUCCAGUGCUAUGGGCGGCGAGCUCUAUCUGGCCGACCGAUACGCGAUCAACAACACACUUUCCGUGCAUACCACCAUCCCUUUCACCACCGUGACCGAUAAUCCCAGCUACUACGCUGAUCCUUAUCGCACAAGCUCAGAUGAUGCGAGUGGCUUUGUGGUCGCCGGUAUCUCACAGCAUCUUAAGCUUGUUAAAACUGGGAAGGACCCGAAUGGUCUCGACCCAGUGCAGGUCUGGUACGCCCGACCUCAGCCAAACUCGAGUAAAUGGGACACGAAACUGCUUUUCGAGGAUGAUGGAUCGCGAAUCCGCACUGGUAGUGCGUCUGUCCUGGUCCCUAUCGAGCCUGAGAAUGGGCAGAAGAAGGCCUGGUUGUUCGUGACUGGGUUCUUGUCCGAGUCCAUGGUGGCUGUACAAGUUGAGCUGUAA